CACGUGUCGGUUGUGUUUUAACGCCCGCAGUUCGCCAGACAGCUACAAACAGGACAAUCACUGCCUCCCGAAAGCACUGUACGCGACCGCGAGUUCUCAAGACUGUGAGAGGUAUUCAGGUGAUAUAACCUGAGCGCUCACGGGUGCCAUGAAUUGGGCUUUUCUUCAGGGUCUCCUGAGUGGGGUCAACAAGUACUCCACCGCAUUCGGCCGUGUCUGGCUGUCCAUAGUCUUCCUUUUCAGGGUCAUGGUCUUUGUCGUAGCUGCGGAGAAGGUGUGGGGUGACGAGCAGAAAGACUUUGCCUGUAACACAGCUCAGCCCGGCUGCCACAACGUUUGCUACGACCACUUCUUCCCGGUGUCCCACAUACGUCUGUGGGCGCUGCAGCUCAUCUUCGUCACCUGUCCGUCGUUCCUCGUGGUGCUGCAUGUGGCCUACCGUGAGGAACGCGAGCGGAAGCACCGCCUCAAACACGGCGAGGGCUGUCAGCGGUUGUACGCCAACACCGGAAAGAAGCGAGGUGGUCUCUGGUGGACGUACAUCCUCUCGCUGGUUUUUAAAAUGGGAGUAGAUGCGACCUUCGUGUAUCUAUUGUAUCACAUUUAUGAGGGCUAUGACUUUCCCAUCAUGGUGAAGUGCUCGGAACAUCCCUGCCCCAAUGUGGUGGAUUGCUUCAUCUCUCGGCCCACAGAGAAGCGGAUCUUCACCAUCUUCAUGGUGGUGACAAGUCUGGUGUGCAUCCUGCUCUCCCUCUGCGAAAUCCUCUACCUGGUGUGCAAACGUUGCUUUGAAUGUGUCCACAGGAUGCAGGGCUCGCGGCAGAUAAACAAGGCAAGGUCCAUCGCCAACAUGAGGAGCUCAAACACUCAUUUAGAUUCAAACAGCAAGAAACUGGCGAUCAAAGGCCAGCCAGCGCCACCAUACAGUGCGGUCAUCUCAUCCUAAAAAAACAUGAACUUGGACAAUACUUCCACUGCAAGUGGUACUCGGAGAGGUGGAAAAUGUUCCUCAUGUUCACCACCAUGUGAACUCAAACGCGGCCACCUCCGUGGAUGGUUGGCAGUAGAGGAAGCAGCUUGUAUACUUACCCUAUAUCCACUGGAUCCUUUUGCUGGAAAGUUGUGGCCUGAUAAACAACAUUAUAUAUUUGAAAAGUUUAUAGGGGUCAAAAUGUCAACAUUCAGGAUGACGCAGUCUUUAGUUUGACUAAAGCAAGUCUCUUCAGGGUUUUGGGUGUGGUGUGGCUUCUGUUAGGUCUAAAUCAAGAACACCAACACCAGCGGGCACUUUAAACUAAGCAAAUACAAAACAUAUAGUAUAAGCCCAGGUAAUAACAAUAAUUACUAUUAAUUACAUAGAACACAAUAAUCUGUUUUUUAACGGACACUAACAGGCAAAAUGUGACUGCAAAUGAGGUUGUCACUAUUUGCUUUACAUAUUUUUAUAUAUAUAUUUUUCAGAUCAAACCAAGGAUAGUACAAUUAAUUGAUAAAAUAGUCUAUUAUGUAUAGAGGCCUCUAUACAUAAUAGACUAUUUUAUCAAUUAAUUGUUAUUAACUCAAAAACACUGAGGCUGAUAAUACACUGGGCAACUUUUUGAGUAAUGUUGCUGGGCAACUUUAGGAAAUGUCGCCAUAAAUGGUUAACCAGGUGAGACACAGGGCCCAAGACUAAAUAACAAUUUCUCAGUUGAAAAGUGCUCAAGCAACACUGCUCGAAAAAGCUGCCCAGUGUAUCAUCAGCCUGAGCAACUGAGACUUCAUAAGUCACAGUGUAAUUAAAAAAACAGUUCACCCAAAAAUUUUAAUUCUGUCAUUGUUUACUUAUCCUUGUGUCAUGCCAAAGCUGUAAAACUUUCUUUUUUUAUUUGAAAAAUUGUUUUUGUCCACACAGUGAAAGUCAGUAGGGUGCAAAACAACACUGAACACUGCUGACUUUCACGGCAUGCACGGAUUUCAUGAGAACAGCAUGCAUACAUCACAUUUCUUCUCCAUAUAUUUACAGCCAGCAAAUAAAGUACAUGCUGUUAAACCGAACACAUUUUUACAAGCAGACUUCCCAAAUCCACCUAGAUAACAAAUCCUAAUUUAUGCUUAAAUUUGAAUGUAAAUUUAAAUUUGUUUGUUUACAAAUUUGUACAGAGCAGUUUGUACUGUAUUUUUGUUUAUUAUUAUUACCAUUCAACAUUUUGUCAUCAUUUUUGCUGAGUUCCUGUUUUGUAUAUUAGCUGGUGUGUGUGUGUGUGUGCGUAUGCUAAUGUGUGCUUAAACGGUGGUGCUCCAAUCUAAUGUCUUCCAAGAAUUUACAGUAUUUAAAACUUAUUGAUAAAUGCUCAACACUGCCAGAUGAUCAAAUUCAAAUAAGGCCAUUUUGCCUGUGUGUGUAUGAGAAAGCUUUUCAUUCACUGAUAAACAUAUCGAGAAAAGUAAACAUCCUCAGUAGUUAGAAAUCCUCUGUUUGUAUGCUAACCUUUCAGCGUUCUUUCCUAAUUGCUGUGUUUAGAGUUGUUUACAUUUUAAGAUACAUUAAAAUCUGCUUUUUAUUUUCUUACAAA